AUGACGGACAGUGAUCUUAGUCAAAAUGGGGAGUCGAAAGUGACAUUCCAAAAUAAGGAAAACACUUUCCCAAAUUUGACCACUGUUCCGACCUCAGUGACCCUGUCUUCUGAGCAGUUUGAGAGACUCUACCUGACACCCAUGACUGUUCGGCAGUCUUCGGUUGCCAGGAAAGUCGGAAACCCAACACCACUGGCACUGGGGGGGUUCGUCAUCACGACAACUCCCCUCUCAUGUUGCUUGAUGGCAUGGAGAGGUGCGAGUGGAAAUGGAAUUGCCUUCAUAGGACCUAUUGUCUUCCUCGGUGGACUCUUACUUCUCAUAACAAGCAUUCUUGAGUUCAUCAUAGGCAAUACAUUCCCUUGUGUUGUAUUUGGUACUAUCGGCGGAUUUUGGUUUGCGUUUGCCGCUACUAUGAUACCUUCGUUCAAUGCAGCCGCACCGUAUUCAUCAUCUGGCACCGAUACAGCUGCCGGCCUUGCCAGCGAGAGCUUUCUCAACACAUACGCUUUCCUCUUCAUUACUAUGGCAGUCCUCAUGGUUAUAUUCAUGAUAUGCGCAACACGCAUCAACGUGGUCUACACUUUCAUCUUCCUCUCUCUACUUUUGGUAUUCCUUUUCCUGUCAGCGGCGUACUGGCAGCUGGGCCAAGGGAACUCCAUCAUUGGGAAUCGCUGCAUCAAGGGAGCCGGAGGCUCACUAUUUGUUGCCAGCCUACUUGGUUUCUAUCUGUUGAUCGUCCAACUAUUUGAGUCUAUUGGUUUCCCAUGCUUCUUGCCAGUCGGGGAUUUGGCCACGCUAUGGGACCGCGAUCAGAAGAGGUGA